CUUCUCCAGCACGUUUUGGAGGUAUGUCGCCUGCUAGAGCUGCUGCAGUGGAUCUUUCAACCAGAGAUCUACCCCCUAAGAAGCACAAACAUAAAGUGAAGCAUAAAAAGAAGCACAAGGAUGAGAGGAGGCACAAAAGCCCAGAGGAUAAUAAGUCACAGUCAAAAGAUAGUAAGGAGGACCUACCACACCUUACAGACGCUACAGAACAUGAUGUUCCAAUUGAAAACAUAACACCAGAUAUACACUGGAACUCGUCAGAUGUGAGAGAAUCCCACUUAGAUUCUUUACCACAAGCAGCACUAAAUCAGAUAUCACACAGCUCUCAACCUGCAUCCAACACUGGGGCUCCCAUACAGUCAUCACGACACAAACUCUCAAUAUCCAUAAAGAGAGUCAGUAAUGCCAGCUAUGUGGCAUGUGACUCCAGUCAUUCUGAUGGAGAGAGAACUGUUACACCAACUGUACCCAGUGGAAAUGAAGAUGAUAUCAUUGAGGAAGCUCAGGGAGUUGUGUAUAGUGAACAAGAGAGUAAAGAUGAAAGACCAAAAGACAUUUGUGAGAGUGUUGAAUGUGGGAAGGAUGUGCCCUUAGAUUUGCCUUUGCCAUUUGAUGGAGGAAAUGACAGUGCAGUUAAACCCACAGAAAUGACCGCACAGAGUUACCCAUUGUUGACAGCACCCUCGUACUGUGUGGAUACACCAGAAUCAAUGAUGCCUGGAAGUGAUUCCCCAGGAAGUGAUGAAGCUUGUAGUGGUGCAAUCCCAGAUUUCCCCUCUAGAGCACCUAACAUGGAUAGUUUAGAGGACCAUCCCAGUGCUGCUCUGCUAAUGAAGUUAAGCUGGCAGGAGGUGGAGAAAUGUGAGCUUGAUGAAGGCAGAAUAAUGAAUGUUGGAGAUGUUGUGUGGGGAAAAUCCAUGGUUUUUCCCUGGGGGCAGCUAGGAUUCCAUUGUUUUUAUUUUAUUCUAUAUGAUAAUUUAGGAACUGGUGUGCCCAUCGGCAAACAACCUGCAAUUGCAAAAAUGCGUGUUGAUCUUUAUUUCAGAGAUCUUGCAGGGCUUUCACAUGGUUUCUUCCAGUAG